AUGGUAAAAGACAAGCUGGUUGAAAGCUCGAUGCUACUGCUUAGCUUCUCGGAUGAGGCUCUUUCUGAAGAAACAGACUCGCUCGACGAUGGUAUGACGUUGCUCAAUGCGUCGGAUGGCCCGAUGCUUGAAACCGAACCGCUACUCGUCGGGAUCAUCACGCUGGCAUCCGACUGUGAAGAUGCGAUGGCUGAUGAUGCCGGUUCGCUUGGAAACGUCUCACUACCCGUGUUCUGGGACGAUUCUGUACCGGGAGCCAGUCCAGAGGAGCUUGACUGUAUGAUCGGUUUACCUGACGGCUCCGCGCUUUGUCUGCUGGCACUCGACCUCACGUUCAAAGAACUGACUGCCUCCGUCGAGACCGAGUCGCUUGCUGGAAUGGCCGCGCUGGGAGAUCGCGUGGGCUCCAUUGACGAGACAACAGCAGUUGGGAAAGAGAGACGUGGGCCUGAUUUAGAGAUUGAGACACUGGAUCUGACGAAAUCACCCGUUGUCGAAGCGCUGAAACUUGGUGAGAAGGCAGGCUCUCUACUUGUAACCGGGAAGCUAUGGGUUGCUGAGGUGGGAACGCUGCUCAUGGACCGCGACGAGGCCAUGUCGGAUCUUUCCACCGAUUUCGACGAUGGAUCACUUGUGGACUCCACGGGUGUGACGGUCGAGGAUGCUUGA